ACGGCGGUGUUUUGUGAGUGGCGGAAUCUGUGAAAGGCGGUUGUGCAGAGGCGAGAAUAGCAUAAACAAAUUUGGAGUCGCUUGGUCUCUCUCAGAAGCACAAUCUUAUAGAUUUGGUGUGUGGAGCUUAAAGAAAGCAACUAGGUGGUGAUUAAGAAGAACCCUAACAAUGGGGAAGAAGCAACACAGCAAGGAUAGGAUGUUCAUCACUAAAACUGAGUGGGCAACGGAAUGGGGAGGAGCCAAAUCCAAAGAAAAUCGCACUCCUUUCAAACGUCUUCCUUUCUAUUGCUGCGCGCUUACAUUUACGCCGUUUGAGUUCCCGGUUUGCACAGCUGAUGGCAGUGUUUUCGAUGUUAUGAACAUAACCCCUUAUAUUAUAAAAUAUGGUAAACAUCCUGUCACUGGAGCUCCCCUUAAGCAGCAGGAUCUCAUUGCACUAAAUUUCCACAAGAAUUCAGAAGGAGAAUAUCAUUGUCCAGUGCUAAACAAAGUUUUCACUGAAUUUACACAUAUUGUGGCUGUGAAGACCACAGGAAAUGUGUUCUGCUAUGAGGCCGUUAAAGAAUUAAACAUCAAGACGAAAAACUGGAAAGAGCUCCUCACUGAUGAGGCAUUCACCAAGGAUGACCUUAUAACAAUUCAGAAUCCUAAUGCACUUGACAGCAAGGUUCUUUUGGAUUUUGAUCAUGUUAAAAAUAGUUUGAAAGUUGAUGAUGAAGAACUACAGAGAAUGGGUUCAGAUCCAACCUAUAACAUAAACAUGUCGGGAGAUAUCAAGCAAAUGCUUCAGGAGCUUGGAACUGAGAAAGGAAAGGAAACUGCGAUGCAUGGGGGAGGUGGUGGCAAGGCACAAAAAGAAAGGGCUGCUGCACUUGCUGCCAUCUUAGCUGCAAGGUCACUUGUUAAAGAAGAUUCCAAAUCAAAUCAAAAUGGAGAGGUCAAAGCUCCUCAGGCAUUUAGUAUUGUAGAUGCUGCAUCUGCUUCAGUACAUGGGAGAAGUGCAGCCGCUGCUAAAGCCUCAUCAGGUGAUAAAACUGCUGCUAGAAUAGCUAUGCACGUAGCUGGUGACAGGGCGCCAGUGAAUGCAAAGAUGGUGAAAAGCCGUUUUACUACUGGUGCUGCUUCCCGGUCUUUCACUUCAACAUCAUUUGAUCCAGUUACAAAAAAUGAAUUUGAAUAUGUGAAAGUUGAGAAGAAUCCAAAGAAGAAGGGAUAUGUACAACUGCGUACAACACACGGUGAUCUGAACAUUGAGCUGCAUUGUGAUAUAACACCCAGGACAUGUGAGAAUUUUAUCACGCUUUGUGAACGUGGAUAUUAUAAUGGGGUUUCUUUUCAUAGAAACAUUAGGAAUUUUAUGAUUCAAGGCGGUGAUCCGACUGGUACUGGUAAAGGAGGUGAAUCAAUAUGGGGAAAGCCUUUCAAAGAUGAACUUAACUCCAAAUUAAUUCACUCUGGAAGGGGUGUGGUUAGCAUGGCAAACAGUGGCCCACACACUAAUGGUUCCCAGUUUUUCAUCCUGUACAAGUCUGCAAAUCAUUUAAACUUCAAACAUACAGUUUUUGGAGGAGUUGUCGGUGGCUUGACUACACUAGCAGCAAUGGAAAAGGUUCCAGUUGAUGAUGAUGACCGACCUCUUGAAGAAAUCAAGAUAACAAGUGUCACGAUUUUUGUCAAUCCUUACACUGAACCAGAUGAGGAAGAAGAGCAGGAUAAUGCCAAAGAGAAGAAUGAUGAAGAUAAUGAUAAGGUUGGCUCAUGGUAUAGCAAUCCUGGCGCUGGAAUUUCUGAAUCUGGAGGUACGGGGGUUGGCGGUGGUGUUGGGAAGUACUUGAAAGCUAGGAAUGCUCCAGCUGAAUCUGAUACUGUUCACACCGGUACUGCCGUUGUAGGAAAGAAAAGAAAAGUGGAAGUUGCCAGUAGUGAAUUUAAAGAUUUUUCUGCAUGGUGACAAUCCCAAUUUCGUACCUUGUGAAAAAAAAAAGUGUAAACUUAUCUUGUUGCAAUUUUUUUGCAUUGGGAACAUUUCUCACGCCAUUCAGGAUUUGUACAUUGAGUAUUGGAAUGGAAGAAUAGAAUCAUUUUGUCUCAAGCAUGUCUUCCCUCCCCUCUCUCUCCCUCUCUCUCUCUCUCUCAGGUUCCACUCAUGUUUC